AUGGAGGGAUUAAAACGCACAUGGAAACAGCUAGUGUAUACGUUCAGCACAGAUGAUCGAUAUGCAGAAUAUAACCCAAAUGAUCCAAUGCAAGGUUCUGGUGCUUCAGAUUCGCGCAUGUUUGACUGCGUGAAUGGUUCUCAGAUACAGCUAAAUGAUUUCAGUGAUGAAUCAGAGUCUAGAGGUAACGACGGCGUUAGUGAGUGCUUAUUGGCAUGGAGACAUAUUUCCAGUUGGUGUACUGAACAUAACUCCGACUUAUAUGCUACUCUUAGCGCUCCGUGUACCAAGAACGAUAUUGCAAGAGCAGAAGCUGAUUUAUCGGUUACAUUUCCUGCUGCCGUUCGUGCCUCGCUACGCUUGCAUGAUGGUCAGGAGGAUAUGGAAAGCAUGCAAGGUGUUUCGGGGUUACUUUACGGUUUGAAGCUUAUGAGUUUAGACGAAAUAGUAAGGAUGACGUGUACUUGGAGAAGUGUUGCAGCGCAGUUAGCGGCGCAGGAGCUGAGAAACGAGCAAAGCAAGGAUGGAUCCUCGACCGAUAACGAAAGGGUUGGGGUAAUGCCAAAGCCAGUCGACCAGAAGGGAUACAUGAAAGUUUCAAAGGAGGAAGUCAAAAGUACUACCGACUUACAAAAAAAUCUUUCGCAAAAUCAUAGCAAACGCUAUAAGAUGAAUCAUAUUCCAAGACAAGCAUCAGUACCCCCAUUGGCUAUCCAAUGCGUGUAUGCUCAUCCUGGUUGGGUACCAUUAGUUACGGACAAAGCCGGAAACCACAUUGGUAUCGAUUUGGCGCCUGGUCCUAAGGGUAAAUACGCCCAAGUUAUAAUGUUCGGAAGGGAAUUUGAUACGAAAUAUGUAGUUGGUGAUAACUGGGGUGACUUUUUGUUAUCAUUUGUGAAUGAUUUGGAGAACGGCAACUGGGUUUUGGUUGACAACACCGACGAUUACUUGAACGGUGACGGUGAACUAAUGUUUGUUGAGAAGGGUACCAACGGUCCUAUAUUGGACUAUUUUAGUGUUUUGAAGAAGAGAAGCUGGGAUAAAUGGCAGAGACAAAAGCCAAUGCCCGCUGCUCCAAAAUCUAAACCCGCUAAUACGGCUUCAUUAAGUAGCCAAGACUCCGUUAGCAACGCAACUUUACCAAAAAAUAGUUUAUAUGCAUCUACGACCGCCGUUGACGAGACUCUCACUUCACAAGAUGACCCAGUUAUUAUGAAUGAAAAUACCUUGGAAGCUAGUGGUGAUUCCGUAAACACAGAGCAUGCGGAAGAUGACGAUGGUUCUCAUGAAGAAGGCUCAACAACCCUGUCAGUUACUCAGUCAAACGCAGACUCUAUAGUGGCCAAAGGUGCUACUAGUAUUAACAGUGGCACUACGAAUGCGGAUGAAGACAAGAAGUCCGAAGUGCUACACAUUAGUAAAUCGCAAACUUUGUCGCAAGGAACCUCCAGGCUCUCUGAAAGCGAUGCCGUCGAGGAAUUACAUGAUGAAUUUGAAAAUGUAGCGCUAUAG